CGGCCCCGCUGUUUGCUCAGGCAGGAGGGGUUUGGUCGCGGGUUCACCUUGACGGGGAGCAAACGGGGCAGCGGCAGGUAGACGGCACCUGCCUGGGCAUCCCCAGCACCCCCCGGGCUGGGCAGCCGCAGCGGAGGCGUAGGAGGUGCAGGGGCCGGCGGCGAUGGCCGAGAGCCAUGGCUGGUGGAAGCUGACCUUCCUGCGGAAGCGCCGGUCGGUGCCCACGGUGCUGUACGAGAGCCCCGAUAGCCACGCGGCCACCGGCGGCGAGAGCCAGGAGGGGCCGGGCGAGGAGGGUCCACCCGGCUUCACCGCCCGCCUGGAGAAGAUCGUGGACAAGAACACCAAGGGCAAGCACGUCAAGGUCUCCAACUCGGGACGCUUCAAGGAGAAGAAGAAAGUGCGGGCGACGCUGGCCGACAACCCCAACCUCUGCGCCGCCAGCGAGAGGGAGGAGAAAUGACCCAGGUGGUUGUCACCCGCCGGCCACCGCCACCACCGGCUGCCCAGGAUGGCUCCAUCCCCGCCAGGGACGCCGGACCACCGGGCUUCGGAAGGAGAAAGGACUCGGACUGGAGUUUGUUUAAGGGAGAAACAAGGACCCUGUUUAAUCGCAGCCCCCCGGGCUGGCGGCAGCCCGGGGGCAGAGGGCGAAGCAGGGAGCGGAGCCAGGCGCAGCCCGUCCCUCCCAGCUCCCCGCGGGCAGGGGGAGCCCCCCGCAGCUGACUGGUUCCCACUGGGAUGAGGACUGCCCCCAGCUCGGCUGCUUGCCGUGGACCACUGCACGUUCACCCAGCUCUGCCCCGAGCACGACGGCCCUGAUCCCGACCCCCUCCUGCCCGUCACUCCCGCGGGGGCCAUUCCGGGGGACCCCCCGCUUGUCUCCCAAGGGGCUGCGUGGCCGUGGGUAGAGCCACCGACGCCGCGUCCUUGCCAGCAGUCACCCCAAAAACAGGGGACAUGAUGCUUCCCUGCCCCGAGGGAACGACCCCAUAGCGAAGUCACCCCCACAGGGACGGUGCAGGGCUCCAGGCUCCCUGGGAGGAGCCAGAUUCCCGCUGGGAUCCGGGAAUCACUCCCUGCUCCCGGAAGGGGAGAGCCGACCCUGGAGCACGGUGACAGAGCCGACCCUGGGGACAGCCGGCCUGGCAGCCCCGCGGUUUGUUCAGGUUGUUGGAAGCUGAGCCUUUCGUCAGCUCUCGUGCCUGCUGAUAAUUAACUGCUGUUAAUAAACCAGGUCCGGAAGCAAUGGCAGCUCAGUGGCGGCGUGGGGGCAGAGCCCGGCGGACCCCCCCGUCCCCUUUGGGACCCCGGUGGGGAGCAGUGCCGGCCGCCCCGAGGCAGGGAAUCCCCCGGAGAAGGGGGGACGCGCGGGGGUGGCCGUCCCCAGCGCUGCCGUGCCGAGCAGGGUGCGGCCGUGCCUCAAGUCAACAGGAGCAACCACUUCCCAGCUACGACAAAAGCCGGAGGGUGCCAAGCGCCAGCGUCCAACCCCCCCCCGCCUCCCCGUUCCCUGGCACAAACCUUGGCCAGGGCCCCCCGCCCUCGGCUCUGUUUGCUCUGCCCGCGCCCGCCGGCUCACAGGCUGCUCUUUGUCCCGGGCUGGCAGCGCCGGAGGGAUCCUGGCCCGCGGGGGAGGGAGGGAGUGGCGAGGAGAGGAGCUGCCGCACGCAGCGGGUGCCCAUGGGCUCACUUACGCCCAUCACGGUGGCAUCUGGGCUCCCGCCAUGCUCCUGAGGCCGGGACGGGUGGGAGACCCAGCUGUGCUGCCACCCCCAGCCAAGCCCCCAGCCCCUUCCUGGGACACCAAGCUGCCACCUCGUGCUGUCCCCUCGAGGUGACACCGUCCCCUCCUGUCCCACCACGGCGGCUCUCACCAAGGGGUGAGGGACCGAGGCCACCGAGCGAGUCUGCGAGAGUGGCACAAGGUGUGUGACACCCCCCGCGCCCACCUAACCCGACUCCCCCCAUCCUGGGGCCGAACCCCUCACCGUCCCCUCGCGCUGCCACCCUCCGCAGGGCUCUGCCCGGCACGGCACAGCCGGGAACCCGCCGGGGGACACGCAGCCGUGACAAAGCCCUGGGGGACAAUCCUGCCCCGAGAGCCAGCAACCGGCUGAGCAAACACAGAGCCGGGGAGGGCGAAGGUUAUCGGAUACU